AAGGCAAAUACAAAGUGUACCUUGCUAUAUUAGCCACCAAGGAGCCUCCUCACGCUAGCUAGCACAUUAAACCACAGUUUCCGAGGUUUGGGAAAUGACAGUUUGUGCAGGACACUGGUGAGAGCAUCCUUGCAAAGUCCGCAACGUUUGGAAUAUUCGCUUUUAGUCCGUCUUUGGUUUAAAACAAGGUGCGGUUGAAGAGAUACCAUCUUGUUUGGAGUCCAGAGCAGAAGAGGCACCUCCUCCACUGGCAGAUCCAAAACAUGUUAAAGAAAUGAUAGCAGCGCAGGAUUUGCACACAGAAUUUCAGUUUCCUCAAGAGGCAGAAUCUCAGUUGUCUUCAGACACUGACUUUGAGGAUCCUGAUGGCAAACAUGCAAAGGCAGCGAAGGGCACUGCAGCCAAGAAAGGCAGGAAGGCGCCGGGAGACAAGGCCAAAGCUGGGGGAGCCGGGAGGGUCCCUGGUCUUGGCCGGGUGAAUGGCAAUCACCAGGAGAACGGAAUGGAGAAUAUGACCCUGUUCGAGGUGGUUAAAACGGGGAAGAGUGCCACACAGUCCGUUGUUGAUGAUUGGAUUGAGGCAUACAAACAUGACAGGGACGUUGCACUCUUGGAAUUAAUCAAUUUCUUCAUUCAGUGCUCUGGCUGUAGAGGUGCUGUGAGUGGAGAGAUGUUCAGACACAUGCAGAACUCAGAGAUCAUUCGAAAAAUGACAGAGGAGUUCGAUGAGGACAGUGGGGACUAUCCAUUAACUUUGUCGGGACCACAAUGGAAGAAGUUCAGGAUAAGUUUCUGUGAUUUCAUCGCAGUUCUGGUGCGUCAGUGUCAGUACAGCAUCAUCUAUGAUGAGUACAUGAUGGACACAGUCAUCUCGCUGCUCACUGGCCUGUCUGACUCACAAGUUCGGGCCUUCAGACACACAAGCACACUCGCAGCCAUGAAGUUGAUGACAGCCUUGGUGAACGUUGCUCUGAACCUGAGCAUCAACAUGGACAACACCCAACGACAGUACGAGGCGGAGAGGAACAAAGUCAUCGCCAAUCGGGCCAAUGAUAGGCUGGAGCUCCUGUUACAGAAACGUAAAGAGCUUCAAGAAAAUCAAGAUGACAUUGAAAACAUGAUGAACGCAAUUUUCAAAGGAGUGUUUGUUCACAGAUAUCGUGAUGCUAUAGCUGAAAUUCGAGCUGUUUGUAUCGAGGAGAUUGGAAUGUGGAUGAAGCUGUACAGUGACGCCUUCCUCAACGAUAGUUACCUGAAGUAUGUUGGCUGGACAAUGCAUGACAAGCAAGGUGAGGUGCGACUGAAGUGCCUGACCGCCCUGCAAGGCCUCUUCCACAACCGAGAGCUCGGUCUUCGACUGGAGCUCUUCACAAGUCGCUUCAAGGACCGCAUUGUGUCUAUGACUCUGGAUAAGGAAUAUGAUGUCGCAGUGCAAGCCAUUAAACUUCUGACACUUGUCUUGCAGAGUAGUGACGAGAUUCUGACGGCGGAGGACUGUGAGAGUGUCUAUCACCUGGUUUACUCAGCACAUCGACCCAUCGCUAUUUCAGCAGGAGAAUUUCUCUUUAAGAAGCUUUUCAGUCAUCGUGGUCCAGAGGAGGAGGGAUUACCCAGGAGGGGCAGGCAGAGCGUCAACGGCGGCCUUAUCAAAACGACUGUCUUCUUCUACUUGGAGAGCGAGCUCCAUGAACACGGGGCCUACUUGGUGGAUAGCCUAUGGGAGUGUGGAUCGGAGCUGCUGAAGGACUGGGAGACUAUGAUUAGCCUGUUGCUGGAUGAGCCCAUACCAGGAGAGGAGGCGCUGACUGAUCGCCAGGAGACAGCUCUGGUUGAAAUCAUGCUCUGUGCCAUUCGGCAGGCUUGUGAAUGUCACCCUCCAGUUGGCAGAGGCACGGGGAAGAGGGUCCUGGCUGCAAAGGAGAAGAAGACACAGCUAGAUGAUCGGACACGGAUCACAGAGAUGUUUGCUGUUGCAUUGCCUCUGUUGCUGGCAAAGUACUGUGUCGAUAUUGACAAGGUGACCAAUUUGCUACAAAUACCAAAGUAUUUUGAUCUUGACAUCUACACAACUGGCCGAUUAGAGAAGCAUUUGGAUGCGUUGUUGAGGCAAAUCUGGGAAGUGUUGGAUAAGCACACAGAGACGGAGGUCCUGGAGGCCUGCUCCACCACCUACCAUUAUCUCGGCAAUGACGAGUUCUCCAUCUUUAACCGCGUGGACAUCGCCCGCUCCCAGCUUCUUGAUGAGCUUGUAGACAAGUUCAGCAGACUCCUGGAGGACUUCCUGCAAGAGGGGGAAGAACUAGAUGAUGAUGACGCCUACCAAGUUCUAUCUACACUCAAGAAGAUCAGUGCUUUCCACAAUGCCCAUGACCUCUCCAAAUUGGAUCUCUUCGCCAGCACCUACAGACUCCUCAACUCGGGUCUGCAGAAUGGGGAUAUGCCUGAACAGAUUGUGAUUCACGCAAUGCAGUGCACACAUUACAUCAUCCUGUGGCAUCUAGCAAAGGUUUCAGAUGGCAGUUCACUAAAGGGAGAAACGGUGACCUUGAGAAAGCAGAUGAGAGCAUUCUCCUUAAUGUGUCAGCGUUACCUCAACAGCAUCAACACAGCAGUUAAGGAGCAGGCCUUCACCAUACUAUGUGAUCUGCUAUUGAUCUUCAGUCACCAAAUGAUGUCGUCAGGCCGGGAACAGCUUGAGCCUCUGGUCUAUAACCCAGACUCUACUUUGCAGGCAGAGAUGCUCAACUUCAUCCUGGAUCAUGUUUUCAUUGAUCAGGAUGAUGACAACAACAGCACAGACGGACAUCAAGACGAUGAAGCCAGUAAAAUCGAGGCUCUGCACAAGCGAAGAAACCUUCUAGCUUCCUAUUGCAAAUUAAUCGUUUACAACGUUGUGGAAAUGAGCACCGGAGCCGAUAUAUUUAAACAGUACAUGAGGUACUACAAUGACUAUGGAGAUAUCAUCAAAGAAACGAUGAGCAAAACGAGACAAAUCGACAAAGUACAAUGUGCGAAGACACUCAACCUGAGCCUUCAAAGGUUAUUCAAUGAGAUGUUGUCAGAACUUGGCCUCAACAUCGACCGCUCGUCAUCAGCCUUCUGUGGCAUUAAAGAGCUUGCGCGACGCUUCUCGUUAACCUUUGGCUUGGAUCAAUUGAAGACCAGGGAUGCUAUUGCCAUGUUACAUAAGGAUGGGAUUGAGUUUGCUUUUAAAGAUCCCAGUCCCCAAGGAGAGGGGGGUCCGCCGCUGAAUCUAGCAUUUCUGGAUAUUCUGAGCGAGUUCUCAAGCAAACUCAUGCGACAGGAUAAGAGAACAGUUCAUGCGUACCUGGAGCGGUUCAUGACCUUACAGAUGGCUCUGCAGAGAGAGGACUGCUGGCUGCCCCUCAUCUCCUACAGGAACUCCCUGCAGGUUGGAGGUGACGAUGACACCAUGUCUGUCAUCAGUGGGAUCAGCAGUCGGGGGUCCUCCAUCAGAAGUAAGAAGUCUAAACCAGCCACGACUAGCAAAAGGAAACUGCCUGAAGCAGAAGAGAACAGCAGCAGCAGCAGUGAUGCAGUCUGGAUGAACCGUGAGCAGAACGUGCAGACGCCGGUGAUGAUACAUUCACCUCACCUUACCUCUACUGUACUGAGGGAUCCAAAGAAGAUGAGGCCAGAGGACAGCUACACAGCUGCAUACACCAUGCCAGCAGAGCAGCUCCCCCAUCAGCAUGUGCCUACCCAGCAGCAGCAGCAGCCGCACCAUCCCCACCAGGCUGCCAUUGACUACAAUACCCAGGUAACUUGGAUGUUGACACAGAGGCAACAAGCUGAGGCGCGUCAGCAGCAAGAGCGGGUUAACAUGCACUAUACCAAGAUGAGGAACCACAUGCCGCAAGCAAUUCGUCGAGGCUCAGGUCUCAUGGAGGAUGAUGAGGAGCCAAUAGUUGAGGAUGUGAUGAUGUCGUCUGAGGACCGCUUGGAGGACAUCAAUGAGGGCAUGGACUUUGACACAAUGGACAUUGAUUUGCCGGCAUCAAAGAAUCGAAGAGAAAGAACGGAACUGAAAACGGAUUACUUUGAUCCAUCUUCCAUUAUGGAUGAUUCGGUUCUCAAUGUCUCCAUGUACUAAAAAAAAGGAUGGACAGUGUGUCAUCAAAAUCCUCGGGAGAUGCGUGAAAAUCAGGAUGGAGCCAAAUGGACUUUUCUAAAUGGUUUGCGAGACACCAAUGUUUGCCUCAACAACACUUUGUCAAAACUCUGAGGUAGAGCUUGAAUAUGAAUUUUAUUCUGAUAUUUUCACACACCAUCCUUCUGUCACGCUGCAGGAGGAGUGUUUGUGUUUUUGUUCAGUUGCCCACAAAAUGACUUGAUGUUAGCUUUACUAGGGUGACACUGUUUGGGUUGAUAAAAGUGCCAGUACAGACAUAUUGCAGGUGAAUGGUGAUGGGACAAUAAACAGAUUGAAAUUCAGAUAAAUAAUAUGUACCUUUAAUCUUUUUAAUUCAGUAGACAAAAAUUGUCUGAUGUAAAUACAUAGUGGCCAAUAUACAGGUGGGGUGAACACAAUUUCAUGUAGAUUAAAAAUAAAAUAUCCCUGCAAAAUUAAACUACCAUAAUGAUGUUUGUAGUGCUCACUUGUUGUUGAACACUGACGACUUUAAACUUUGUCACAGGGGUGUUUAUUCAGCUCUAUGGUAAUUUUACAGCCAUAUUUUUAAAGAUAAUCAUGGGCUUCAAUCAACGCCUCUCUGAACAGAAAUUGAACAUGAGCUUCAAUAAAAAUCUGCAUUAAUUUCAGGGCUUUUGAAUUGGACUGCAUUAAAUUGUUAAUGAUAUUGUGUUCAUCCAGUGUAUUUUUAAACCGUAGAUUUUACGCAUGGCAUGUAGCCAUAUAUUGAAACAUGUACACGGUAAAGUAUAAUGUGAACUGGCGUCUCAUACUGUUCAAAGGCCUUGCCACCAAUGAUAUAUGGCAAUCUCAGAUUUCUUUGUGAUGGUAUUUUUUAGAAAUGUAUGUGUUCUGCUUUUAUACCUUGUAGAUGACUUUGAUUUAUAGAUAUUUUGUAAUGACAAUCAAAUGUAAAUUAAUGGUUUCUAAUCAUGUUGUUUCACAUAGAUGCUGAAAUAAUCCUUUUUAAUGGAAAUUAUUAUGUUACCUUAGAUAUGGCCUGCUGUUUGUAUUUUAUUUUCAUCUCUCUAUAACGAAUGGGUGACAAAGUAACUGCAGUUGCUCAAAUGUAGUAAUUUGACAAACUGAUGGCUGCAUCUAAAAAUAUUUUUUACUAUUUGGAGUAAUCACAGUGUCACACAUACAAGUUUGACUCAGUCUUAAACAUAUAAUCUCUUGUAUAUCUUCAUCGUGUUUCUCCACAGUAUGUUAUAUAAGAUCUAAUAACACAGACAUGACAUAAUUGCGAUCUUUAAAAGAAAGGAUUUGAAAAUGGUUGUGAAUUGAAAUGUUUUUUUCAGUUUUAUUUUUCCAGUUUGCAAGUGUGCAGAGGAUUUUUUCAAAAAGCCAAUUUAUUGGUGUACCACUGUUGCGUGUGUAAGAGUUAUAGGAUUAUUAUAAAUUUAUAGUUAUUUAGUAAAAUAUUAUAGUAUCAGAAUUAUACAAUUACAAAUGUGUAAUAUAUUGUGAAUCGGUGCUCAUUUUAUAAUUGCAGUUUCUGCUUGCUUGGAAUUUUAGGGAAAGCAUAAAGAGAUAGAAUGUAAUUAUGUUAAUCUACUAAUUUGCAAGUUGGUUUGUUUGUCUUUCAGUGGAUUGUUGUGAUAUUUCUUUACCUCUGUGUUUUGGCCUGGUUGGCAGAUUGAUUUUAUGAAGAGAAGAGUGUAUCCAUGUUGUAGUUACGAAGAAAUCUCUAUAAUUUCCUCACAGUCUCACUAUAAUCCAGAGAAACCCAUCACAUGGUCUUAAACAUUACCAUAUAUUCAUGUUAGGCAGAUGAGAAAUACAACCUUAGAAUUGCCUGUAAAUUAACAUCAAUCGUUUUGUUUUUCUGUUUUGCAUUGAACUGCUGAAAAUGUGCAUACAUCUGUAUGUUUACACAUAUUUAAACAUUUGUGGAUAUUAAAUUUGUGUUUUUAUUCUA